AUGGCGAACCAGCCCGACCGCUUCAGCCUCUUUCUACUCCAGCCGGGCGAGCGGCGGAUUGAGGUGCAGGACGAUAUGCGUAUUGCAAAUGCAGCCACUUUUUAUUUUAAUAAGGAGGACCACACGCUCGGAAACAUGCUGCGACAUGCCGUGCUGGCGAUCCCGGGUGUGCUCUUCUGUGGAUACAAAGUGCCACAUCCUUUGGAACCGCGUGUGCUUGUCAAGAUCCAGACAGAUGGGAGCAUCACGCCGGCAGAGGCCCUGCAGCAGGCUUGUGCGAAACUGAUCGUCGAGACGGGAACACUUAAGCAGAGCUGGGCCAAGGAGGUGCGGCUCAGUGCAGAUCAUAGCGGCUUGGAUGCUCGUGGUGCUUACGGUGCGCCGCUCUGGAAUGCGUACGGCGUGGAGGCGGAUGUUGCGCCCGAGACGGACCGUGGUGCAGGCGCGGCAAUGGGCAGUUAUGUAGAUAUGUGA